UGCUGCAUCAGUCUACCUCUGUUCCUCUGAGUCCUCCCGAGUCUUUGCAGUCUUUCUAGCACAAUGAAGGUUCUCCUGAGCACCUGCCUCCUUUUGGUCCUGCUCUCUCCAGCGGCAGCUCUCACAUGCGAGUACUGUAUGAGUUUUGGAAAUAGGUGCGUCAACGCCACCACCGUCAAAUGUGCUUAUGAUGAACAAGCCUGUGCCUCUUCCAUUGAAAGAGCCUUUUUCUAUCCUUUUCGAUUGAUGUUGACUACAAAGGGAUGCAUUGAACCCCACCACUGCGAAUCGGGCCACUACAGUGCCACUUUUCGAAACGAUGUGAACAUGCAGGGUAACACCUAUUGCUGCCAUACAGACAACUGCAACCAUGUGACUCCCCCGCUGCCUACACAGAGGAAUGAGCCCAAUGGGCUGGAAUGCCCAUCUUGCUUCCGUCUCUAUCGCAACGAAUGCCACAGUCAGCGGAUGGUCAGUUGCACCGAUGAAGAAGAUCAUUGCUUCAACUAUGCUGGUUCUAUCGAAGUGGCCGAGUUCAACCUGCAGAUGGUCACCCGAGGCUGUGCAACACAAAAUGUGUGCCAUCUCAGAAGAGGCUUAUUGUUUACACCUGGUGAUGUGGCCACCGGCAACAUCACCACUGCGAAUUGCUAUCCAGCAGAAGAAGAAGAAGAAGAAGAAGAAGAAGAAGAAGAAGAAUGAAAUGUUGCCAGCCCAGUUUCUUCUAGGCACUUGUCAGGCCUUGCAAAGAGGAAGAGCAUUCGAGGAAAUUCCAGAUGCGGAUGCACUCCAGAAAGGAUAGUGUAUGGCUUCCAUGUUUAUGUUCCCAAAGAGUCCUCUGCAAAAUAAAUUGAAGUGGCAAGUC